AUGGCUGCCCGGACAGUAGCCGUGAUUGGCGCCGGUGCCUCUGGCCUGUGCGCCCUGAAAUGCUGCCUGGAUGAGGGGCUGGUACCCACCUGCUUUGAGAGGAGCGGGGACAUCGGGGGGCUCUGGCGCUUUGAGGAGCACCCCGAGGAGGGCCGUGCCAGCAUCUACCGCUCCGUCAUCAUCAACGCCUCCAAGGAGAUGAUGUGCUUCAGCGACUUCCCCAUCCCCGAGGACUUCCCCAACUUCAUGCACAACUCCAAGAUCAUGGAGUACUUCCGCAUGUACGCCCAGCACUUCGACCUGCUCCGCCACAUCCGUUUCAGGACCAGCGUGUGCCGCGUGUCCAAGCGCCCUGACUUUGCCACCACGGGGCAGUGGGGUGUGGUGACAGAGAGCGAGGGGAAGCAAGAGGCAGCCAUCUAUGAUGCUGUGCUGGUGUGCACCGGGCACCACACGGAGGCACACCUCCCACUGAGCACCUUCCCAGGGCUGGAAAAGUUUGAGGGCUGGUACCUGCACAGCCGGGACUACAAGAGCUCGCAGCCCUUUCUGGAGAAGCAGGUGGUCAUUGUUGGCACUGGGAAUUCAGGCAUUGACAUUGCAGUGGAGCUGAGCCACACAGCCAAGCAGGUCUUCAUCAGCACCAGGCGAGGGACCUGGGUGUGGCACCGGGUGGCAGACUCUGGGUACCCCUAUGACAUCCUCUACAUCACCCGCUUCCUAUGGUUCCUCCUUAACCUGCUGCCUCAAAAUGUCAGCAAUUAUAUCACAGAGAGGAAGAUGAACACCCGCUUCAACCAUGCGCUGUACAGGCUGCAGCCCAAGCACCGGUGA